CCGAUGAACCAACAGUCGUAUCAAAUCAGAAAAAUAAAAUAAACAAAGUAAGUGUUACAUGCCUGCCAAAACAGUUCAAAGCCGUAAUAAAUUGAAGCAACAUUUAACCUUACAAUCACCUUUUGCUGCGUUUUUAACGGAGCAGUGCGAUUACUACAGUUACUGAGUGUGCGUAAGAUGUCAUCGUCCGUGAACUUAUCAACGCUCCGUCUAAAAUAUCGUGAGAAGAAAGAAGUUUUCCUCGAAGAAAAUAUCAAAGUAAAGCAGCCCAUAAAGUUAUUUUGCGAAUGGCUAGAGGAAGCGGUGAAAACGGAGGAGCUGCUUGAGCCAAAUGCCGCCUGCUUAGCAACGGUGAAUAGAGAUGGCAAGCCCUCCAAUCGCUUUGUGCUACUUAAAGAUGUCACCGAUGACGGCUUUCGUUUCUUCACCAACUAUGGUAGCCACAAAGCGCUAGAUAUUGCCAGCAAUCCAAAUGUAGCAAUGACACUAUAUUGGCUGCCACUGCGACGUCAGAUACGUAUUGAGGGCGUGGCAGAGAAGAUAUCCAAAGAAGAUUCACUCGCGUAUUUUCAUCAACGUCCGCGUGCAUCUCAAAUCGGUGCCUUGGCUAGCGAACAGAGUUCACGUAUAAUGUCACGACAGCAUUUGGAUGAAAUUGAGCAGGAAAUCAAAAACAAAUUGGGACCAGAUGGCGAAGUACCGCUGCCUAAUUGGGGUGGUUAUUUAAUACGACCACAUACUAUUGAAUUUUGGCAGGGACAAACCGAUCGCCUACAUGAUCGCAUACAAUUCCGUCGUGGGCCAGAAAUUGAGAAGGAAGUCGACGGCAAGUUGAUACAUAAAGGUGAAGACGGUUGGGUCUAUGAGCGAUUGGCACCUUAGAAUUGACACUAGAUGUGGCAUGGACCUUCUCUUAUAUAAGUUAUUUGAUGAACGCGUGGUGCUGUGAAGCUAGAGUAAGGCUUCAUUUGAUGUUGCAAGCUCAAAGCCCAGAAAACUAGAAUUUUGCAUUUUUACUAAAAAUAAUUUAUGUGCAUAAAAUUAGAAAAAUUAAAUUAUUGAUUGGCUAUAAAUAAAAUAGGGAUGCUAUUUGGCAUAAAUGAAUU